GGACGCAUCUCCGGCCUGGCCGUGGAAGACCAGGAAGCGACGCUGCUCGGAGCAGCCAGGCAGGCGAUCGGAUGCGUCGUGAGCGACGCGGACAGCUGUAUUCGGCAGCUGUAUGACAAUGGUCCUUGCAGAUGCUGCUUCCAUGUCAAUUGCGAGCCCGUCUGCCUGCUGGAGCUCCACUCUUCGGUGCAACUGGGCGUGCAGGUCACUCAACUGCUGCGAGUGAUGCUGGUGGCAAACAGGCACGGGCAGGCCGCGGCCCUGCCGAGGCGCGCCCGGCACGGGGGCUGCCGCCGCGCCCGCGGCGCGCCUGGCCCGCUGGACCGCCCUGCUCGCGACCUGGUCGACGGGCGGCCCCGCGCCACGCCGCGGAGCUCGACCAGCGCGGACGAGUUCCUCAGCUGCCUGAGCAUGAUGAGACUUGGCGUCCUGGAACUGCUGUUCAAGGUCCUGAACUCGAGCAUCGGUCUCCGUGAGGCCAUGGCGCCCAUGGCAAAGGCGAGGCUGAAGGACAGGAUGGCCCUCUCGCAGCUGCUGCCGAGGUUCACGGACGAGCUCCCCAGUCACUGGACCCGGCCGCCCCCGCUCACUGAGCUGCUCAUGAUCAGUCCCGUCAGCCAGCCAGAGGAUCGCCUCGUCGAGUGGAUGGAGCGCUGCCUGGAGCGCGAGUGCGCCCGCACCCCCGCCCCGUGGAGCGCGGCGCGGGCGGUGGACUACCUGGAGGCUCCCCGAGCUGUCGACGGCCGCACGCCGCUGCACGUCGCGGCAGAGCUGGGCAUGUGCCGGUUCGUACGGCGGAUUGCUCGGGGAGGGGUCCGGGUGGACCUCCCCGACCAUCAGGGGCUGACUGCGCUGAUGGCCGCCGCUUCGGUCGGCCACGUGGAGGCGGUGGCGCUGCUGCUGGAGGCGGGCGCGGCCGUGGGCGUGGCGGACGGGGCCGGCAGGCGCCCGCUGCACCACGCAGUGCAGCCGCUGGAGGACUCCGUGGAGGUGGCGCGGCUGCUGCUGGGCGCCCGCGCGGAUGUCAAUGCGCGGGACGGGACUACUCCGCUGAUGCUGGCUGCGUCCAUGCGGCUGCCAGGGAUGACAAAGGCCCUGCUCGCCGCGGGCGCCGCGCCCGUUGCCUUCGGCGGCGACGGCCGGACGCCGCUAGAGCACACGCUGUCGGCGCGGCGCUGCUCGUCACCCUCGCCGCGGUGCUCUCCAGAAAGCGGGCCAGCGGGCGCUGGUGCCCCGCUGGCGACCACCCGGCUGUAUCAGCGCUGCAGGUGGGACAGCACGGGCGAGGAGGACGUCGGCGGGGCUUUGCUGCGGGCGGAGAGCGCGACCUUCGGCGCAUGGGCGCCGAGCCCGCCGAGGUGGAGCGCCUGCGGCGGGGCUGGUCCGGCAGGCGCCGCGGGCCCGGGCUGCCUGUGGCGGAGCGGGACCGCCUGCACGCGGCGCUGCCGCUGCUGCACUGACGGCGGGGGGGCUUCCGUCGGGUGCGGAGAGAAGAGAGAGGAUGACGGGUGA